AUGGGAGCGGAGCAGCAAAGGCGCGAACGCGUGUGAUGUCAUGAUACCUGUUUAGCUCUGUGGAGAAUGUAGUGAGGCGGGUCAGCACGCCUAGGAUAUUGAAUUAGUAAGAGAAUGGAUGACACACAAGCACUAGAGUGUACGCAAGCUUUACCUGCUGACUGGGAUGAGGAUGACAGUAAUUCAGGAGAAAAACGUAUUGUUGCAUGGCUGGAAAUUGAAGGCAUCCGCCAUGAGAUUUUUGAGGGUGAGACCAAAAUUGGCCGAGAUCAAGCAACAUGUGGAAUUGUACUGCAGAACAAAGUGCUGUCCAAGGAGCAUGCCCUUUUUGACAUUGAGGGUGAAACCCACACACUGGCAGAUCUCGGGAGUAUGAACAAAACAAGAAUUGGCAAG